AUGGCUUCUCACAAAGAGGAACCCAAUACAUCUUUACUGUUUGGAGAUUCGCCUGGAGAUGAUCCAUUUAGCCAGCUGCAACAGCAACAGCAGCAACAUCCAGCCUCGGAGCCAGCCGCAAAGAAAGAUGAAGUCAAGGAUAAACAACCUGCUGUCAGCACCGCUCAAGAGCAACAGCCUAAAGCAGUAGUAGGCGAUGCUGCCAGCUUAUUCGGUAACAGUGGAGACGGAAAUGCUGAUCUCUUCUUUUCAUCCACCAACGCAAGUGCACAUGCUACUCCUCAAUCUGUCCAUCCUCCAUUGGCGACCAACGCGUCUGCGGCUUCGUUCUUUGAUCAGCCUCAAGCAGCUGCUACCACCGCCUACUCCUUUUUCGACGAUUUAGGCCAGCAGCAUUCGGCCACUGAUUUGACGCAAUCCUACAGCCAAGAAAGCCAACAGCAUUCAACCAACCCUGCUUCCAAUUUAACACAAGCGUAUGAUCCAAAUACCUGCAAUAGCUAUGAUUACAGCCAGCAGCCAGCAUUGCAAGAGCAAGAGCAGCAGCAGCAGCAAUACGAUCAAGCGCAAUGGAUCCAGUUUGAUCCCAAUCAGCAUUAUUACUACGAUGACCAAGGCCAAGUGCAUUAUUAUGAUCCUAAUACCAACCAAGAAUAUGAUAUGAGUCAAUACGGUUAUGAUCAACAGGGACAGACAUACGAUUAUCAAUACAAUCCUCAAUAUGCUGAAUACUAUGCUCAACAAGGGUACGAUCCUAACGCUUAUGCUGCUACUACUGCUGCUACGGAUGCAGGUAACAUUGGUGAUCAACAGCAACAGGCUUAUGCUUCAGUGCAAGAUAACUAUGAUCCCAGUGCUUAUGCACCUACAACCGCCACUCCUCAACCCUCUGAAUCAGCCACUGCCACUGCAGCAGCUGCAAGUGAUCUGCAUUACUACCAACCCAGCAAUUAUGCAGCUCAUCCGUCCAGCCAAAUGCAACAGCAGCAAGCAGACUAUUCAUCUCAAUCAUACGCACCUAUGAAUACAAAUGCAGUUGCUGAGGUACCCGCUCAACUUCAGUCCGAGCAAACCAUUGAUACGCAGCACUACACAGCUGAACAACAGCAAGAUCCAUACAGCAUGCAAAGUUAUCCUGCUGUGGACACCUCUGCUGGUGUUGUUGCAGAUGCCGAUCAACAGCAACAAUCAGAUUACAACUAUCAGUCAUACGAUCCCAACACAGCUACUACUGCUGUUACCACCAGUGAGUUUGAGCAAAGCCAAUUUGGACAAGAUGUGUAUGCUCCAGUGGAUUUAAACAAUACCAAUUACUCUUCAAUUCAAGCUGAUUUUGAAGCCGAAGAUUUGCAGCAACCACAAGCACCUCCACCACCUCCUGCUGCUGCCUCUAAAGACGUGGGUCCUCCUCCACCAGCAGGACCACCCAAGAGCGUAUUAUCUCCACCUCCACCACCUCCAAAAUCCACCAACAUUUCACCUCCUCCUCCUCAAACCAAUACCCCGCUUGCUACACUCACUGCUCACAGAGAUUCAAUGGAUGUCAAUGAGGUACCUGAGUUAUCCGAACAACAAAAGGAAGCACCCCAGGAAGAUUUGAAUGAUUUGGAUGAUUUGGUGUUGGGUGGAUCUGACAGUCAACAACAACAACAAGAUCUCGUAUCUAACAUGAUGGAUCGUUUGACGGUAGCAGAUGGUGCGUAUGACACUGAAAAGACAACAGAUGAGGCUGCUGCCAAGCAUUCAAGAGAUGUAAAUGUCGCUUCCAGCACCGAAGAUCAAAAGGUACCAGAGGCUGAAAUCAAGACAGAGCCCACUGUAUUUGCUAGCGUACUGAGUGCUGAUGAACCCUGCGAAACCAAGAAUAAAGAAGAGUUCAGCAUCAAUGAUCAAAAGGAAAAGAAGGAGGAAGAGAAGCCUGCUAUAACCAGUCAAGAUGCAUCUUACUUCCCUUUACAGUCGUCUGAGGAUCACACAGGCAUUUCUUCAUCUCAACAUGUCCUUGAUCAAAACGAGCAAAUCAGUUCAUACGAGCCGGAUCAAUCAAUCACUUACGAUUUCAAUUACGGGUCUGAACCAACCACUCAACCCGCUGAGAAUGCCUAUGAGCCAGAUCAAGCCAUAGGUUUCGAAUCUCAAGCUGUCACUGGAUACGAGCCAACUACAAGCUAUGAGCCUCAACAAGCAUCCGCAUACGAUCCUGAACAAGUUGCUAGCUAUGAGCCCUCUGCUAGUUACGAACCUCAGCAACAAACCGCUCACUACGAGCCUCGACAGAAUGAUACCUAUGCUCCUCAAGAGACCAGCUACGAACCUCAACAAACGUCUGGUUAUGAACCUACUGGCCAUGAGCCUCAAUCUACCAAUGCUUAUGAUCCAUCUAAUACUACUACAAGAGGGUAUGAACCACAGCAAUACGGCGGAUACGAGUCAGCAGCUCCUUCAACACAAUACGGUGCACCUCUUCCAACUUCUACUACUGCUGCCUCAGAACGAAACAUGACAUCGCCUCCACCAUCAGGGCCUCCCAGAGCAGGAUCCAUUAAGAGCGUUGCUUCGCCUCCACCUGCCAUGCAAUCAUACUAUCCUCAACGCGCCAACAGUAUUACUGAACCUGACCGUCGUCAUCACAGCAGCUCUCCAUUUGCAGGAUACUACGGCAACAACAAUGGUAUGAACCCUCAAUACCCUGUCAUGGAAAGAUCUGCCACAGUGCCUCCACCCAUGACAGAACGCAUGGCCUCUCCAAGACCCCAAUUGAUUCCUUGUCCUGACCGCUUGUGUGAAGGCGAGAACAAACCCAAAGCCAAGUUUUGCUGCGAGUGUGGACGUCCUCUGGCUGGUAUUUCUCGCUCCACUACGCCUUCUGCUAUUUCCCCCAGUGCCUACAGUGCCGCUGGCAUGGAAGGAUUCAGCCCCAUGUCUACUGCUGUAUUUGGGUCUGUUGCCGCAGAGCCUGUUCAGCGUACUGCGCUUGACGAGAAAAAGGAUGAAAUGGUGGCUAGUUUGAAGCAGUUUGUGGAGAACUCUGUUGUGGUUCAGGUCGAUUUGGAUGAGCAAGAAAAACGCAGACGUGCUAUGGCCUAUAUUGACAGCCGUCUGGCCUCCUUUGUCGAGAGUAAGGCUAUUUUAUGGCGUGUUGUUCAAGCAAUGAUGGAGCAUUCAACAUGUGUAUUGGGGGAUGGUGGUGAAUUGGAUAAAUCCAUCAUUGCUCUCGUGUCCUCUUGGUCUCAAGACAGCAGCCAGAGCGCCUCUUCUGACGGACAUUUGGAUCAAUUGGAAGCAUUAUUGAGCAAGGGAGACCGUGAAGCAGCAUGUCAAUUUGCCAAUGACCAUGAUAUGUGGGCUCAUUCGUUGGUGAUUGCGUCCAGCGUGAAUGACGCCCUUUUCAAAAAGACCGUUACUCAAUUCAUCCAAAGAGAGCUGUUUGCUGCUGAAACUGAACUGGUGCCUCAGGUCCCUGGUGAUAGAAAGUCAUUGCGUAUGCUAUAUUCUGUAUUCAAUGGUGCUGGUGCUGAUGCGGUUUCUGACUAUGCAAAGACAUCGGCCCAUGCUGAAGCUGUCUUCACAGAUGAAACGCUGCAAGGAUGGCAGUCUGCAUUGACAUUGAUUUUGGCUAAUCGCUCUACCAAUGAUCAAGCAGCUAUUCAGGGCCUCGGCGAUCAAUUGAAGCAUUUGAACAAGCAUAAUGAGGCCCGUUUAUGUUAUCUGUUAUCACCCGAUGUUUCUGGUCUGGACAAUAGCAAGCUGAUAGGGGAUGAUUUGUACACGGACCUAGAUGCCCUGUAUCUUGUCGAGUUGUACGAGUUCGCAUCAAAGGCUUCUAUUCAGCAAGACUUCAAGCUAGUGUUGGCUUGGUGGCUGAAGGAUCUCGGCUUCUCUGCGGAAUCUCAAAAGUACACAGAAGCCAUCAGUGCCAAGCUGGUGGGUCCUUCUAGUCUGGACAAGCUGAAGCAAGUAGGCGACAUUAGCCCAGCAGCUGAUUCAAGCAGUGAGAAUGUUACAUCCUUGUUGAACCAACAGAGCUUUGACGCAUUGAUUGGUUCGAUCGACGCAAAGGUUACUUCAAUUACUACAAGCUUUGGUGACAGCAGCAAUUAUGCUAGUGCAAAUUAUACUUUCGAUAGCCAAGGUGACUAUAACAGCACACAAGCACAUGAUUAUACUGGACAAGAGGCAGCAGCUGAUUCGCUUCAACACGAUGCUUACAAUUACGGCUAUGGUUAUGGGGGCGGUUACACUGAAGCAGCUGAUGCCACCGUGCCUCAAGUUACUGCUGUAACGUCUCCAUUUGGAAAACCCAAAGGCAUUCAAUCACCCUUCCAAACUAAUGUCCAGCCUGUAUCAUCGCCAUUUGGCAUGCAAAAUAAGGCUACUGCUGCUGUCACAUCGCCCUUUGGUCAAGCUGCUCCCGCAACAAAUGACAACAAUAAUGCCUGGUGGGGAGCAUCGGACGGCAGCCAGACCCAGGACUCACAGACGAGCUAUCAACCAUAUCAACCUGAAGCCAAUGCCAACACAAGCUAUCAACCUGAUGCUUACACUCCUGCGGCUGCUGCUACAACAUCAACACCUGCAGCAGGGUCUUCAGCUUGGGACGAUGAUGAUGACCUCGGUUUUGGCAACUCCAAGCCCAAGAAGAAGCAAGAGCAAGACGCAGAUACGAAAACAACAGACAGCAAGGUUCAAGAAAAGCCCAAUGAAGUCGACGACAAGAAGGAAAAAGAGCACACCGAAAAGCCCAACGGCGGUGGUUGGGGCAUUUUCAGCCUCUUUGGCCGUAAAGAGAAGGAUCCUAACGCUGAAGAAAAGAAGGCUGUCAAGGCUAAUUUGGGAGAACAAAGCUCGUUCUAUUAUGAUGAAAAGGAGAAGCGAUGGGUCAACAAACUUAAUGACACAAAACCAGCUUCUGCUACGCCCCCUCCUCCUCCCAAAGCGGCUACACCACAACCUCCUGCUUCUAAACCCAUGGUGCCUCCACCCGUUGCAGACUUAAAGCCAAGCAGCAUGCCUCCUCCUCGAAUUAAUUCAGCACCCAACGUGCCAUCCAUGUCAGGCAGUGGUGGGUUGCCCAAUGCAGCACCUCCUGCAUUCAAUACACCACAAACUAGUAGAAGAGCAGCGGGUGGUGGUAGAAAAUCUGUGCGUUCUCGCUAUGUCGAUGUUCUUAGUGCAGAUCAAAAAUAA